CUCCAAAAAAAAGGGUCGUGUGAUCCGGUUAAUGUAAACAACACAAACGACAGCUUUAAAAGGGGGGGGUUGGCUUCGGUGGGAUUUUUUGAUAUCAGAAAAAGAAAUCCACCAAAGUAAACUCAAUUGAAGCCACAAUUACUCCACCGUCGAUGAGUCUCUUCGUCUCGUCGCAAAGGGAAGAAUUAAUUCGUCGCGGGAUAGCGGAUAUUCCGGGGUGUAUGUGGUUGCGGCGACUGCACGAUGGAUACGCCUUGGCGGUUCUCCGUCUCUCUCUCUCUCUCUCUCUCAGUCUCCCGUCUCUUCUCCCGUCAAUGCUAUUCAACCAGAGAGCUUCCAAACAGGGUUAUGACUUGGACAGCCAAGCCUUCGUUUGGGGAGGGGAGGAGAUAGGAAGAGGGUGGAAGGAGGAAAGGAAGAAGCCGUGAGCGAGAGGGGAAGCGAGAGGAGAGAAUCAAGAGAAAAAGUGAUGCUUGGAACCUGGUGAUAUGUAUGGGCCGUCACGGUGUUUUUGUAACAGGGGGGGGUGUUUAGCUGCAGAUGUUAUGCUUACAGGGCGCCUUCAGCCCCUAUGAAGCCUGUUUCGCCAACGCCUAGAGCCAGCGCAUGCGCUGUUAUGGCGGGUCGCGGCUGCGUCGCCACGGCAACAUCACAACAUGGUCCAAGCUGAUGUUCUGCUGGCACUCUGCUAGCCUUUGCGUUGCUGCUGCGGAGAUACGUACCCCCGCCGCUGUGUGUGUCUUCUGCCCACAGUUGGGCCUCGACGCCUGCUCGCGCCACACGACUUUGUGGCUGAUGCUUCCAUUCCACGCGCACUACACAUCGUCACAUCAUCAGGGCGCAAAAGCUUCCAUUUUCCCAUUCCUCGCAUACCAGACGCCGUCGACGACUGCAGAUCCACAGCAACCGCCCCCCCGGUCUGUUAUCCUGACGCGCAUCAGCCACUCAGCUGCCAUCGCUUAAAACCCUGCCGGACGGAACAAACGAAGACGAAGCAAGAAUAAUUUAAAAAAAGAGAGAGCGCAGAGGCCCGUCCUUUGUCAAACCAAAAUCAUCAAAGCACCAGCACAACAAAGAAAAAAAAAAGAAGAAUACCCAUAUCAAAACCAAGAAAGAAAAACAGAAACAAAGAAGAAAAAACAAAACUGCGCCGUUGUCUCGGGUCUCAAUCAAAUCACUCCCCCGCCGCUGGCCGGUUGUCCCGCCACAAUGAGUUCCGAUCCCAAGUUCCCAUGCAGCAUACAUCUGCAAAUUCCCUUGCCCACGCCCCGACUCGCCUCCACGGCCCUCAAGGCCCUCCAAGUCGAUCCCGAGCUGUCGCCCCUCGUCCAGAGACACUUCUCCAUCGUCUCGACUUCGUCGACAGAGCCCGAGGAGAGUGCGCAAGUGCUGCGGGUGGAAUACCAGGCAACGACGAAUCGCAUGCUGCGAGUUGCCGUCAACUCGUUCAUGGAAGGCCUCAAGCUGGUCUUGGAGGUCAUGGAACAACUAGACGUCGACGUUUUGGCGGCAGAGAGCAAGGCAGCAAUCAAGUCUCCGUAAAAAUAUAUCCCACAGCUGCCC